AGCACGUACUGACCUAACAUCAAUGCUGCAUCAAUCUCUCUCACAAUCUCAACAUUUGACAAAAAAUUAUCGCAUUUAUUUGCCAUUUGGUUGAAAUAAAUUAUGCCAAAACAAUAAUUUGAGCAAAAAGUGUUGGAAUGCCAUUAGUUGAAUAAAAGUGAAAUAGAAAGUGAAACAAAUAUAGAAUAAGUGACAGCAGAAAGAAAGGAAUGUAGUGACACCAAAAUGCAUCUAAGUUGAUGCAAGACGAAUGGAAAAAUUUAGUGUGUGCAUUUUAAUUCCGAAGAACUUUUCAAUCUAAAAUUGACUGUUGUCACGCUGGCGACAUCAAGUCGAUUGCAUUUCGUUUUUUUUAUUAUUUUCUGUUGUUGUUUUUUUUUAUUCAUGCUGUUUAUUUGAGUGAGUUGAGAAUUGUGAGAUUUCAACGCAAAAAACAUGAACUAUUCGCCGUAUUUUUUGGUGGUGAUGUACAAUUGAAACGAAUAACAACAACAAAAAUGGAACAAAUCAAUCAGAAAUCACGCGACCGUGAAGGAAAAAAAUCGUCACCAAAACUAUUGCGAAACAACCUGAGCUCGUUGACACAAUGCGCAAGUUGCUUGAAUGAUCUUGAUGACCGGAUAAUAUCAGCGCUUGGCCAAAAUUGGCAUACCGACUGUUUCCGGUGUUCGGUGUGUGACGAGCAACUAUCGCAUUGGUAUUUUGAAAAGGACAGUCUACUAUUUUGCCGCGAUGAUUACCUACAACGAUUCGGCGAAUGCUGCCAACAAUGUUCGGCCCUAAUUAGCGGCCCGAUUAUGAUUGUCGGCGAGCAUAAAUUUCAUCCAGAAUGUUUUUGCUGUGUAUCAUGUCAACAGUACAUUGGUGAUGGAGACUCGUACGCACUCGUCGAACGAUCGAAAUUGUUUUGUGGAAAUUGCUAUUGCGUCAAAAUCGAUAAAACCUCAAUUAAGUCAAUUGAGUCGCCGACAUCGUUGUCGGAUAUUUUAGCACCGUCCUCGUCUACACAUCAACAACAGAAGACACUUCCGCACUCCAUACGAUUAGUGGAAAUACCAUGGUCCAAUGAAAACAAAACCGCCCUUCGAUUGUCCAUUGAUGAUAGUCAAAAUGGUACCAUGCCUAUCAUCGCCACAAAACAUAAUGGCAUACGGAUUUCACAUCGCCUUUGUCGAAUGUACGGUCGACUCGGUAAAUAUGUGUUUGCUGUCGUCACAUCAGCAUUAAAUGUAUGCUGUUCAAGUACUGACGGCAAUUCUGAUGCCAAUAGGGUUGAUGUGCGAAACGAUUCGGCUUCAUUGCGUGUCGGCGAUAAAGUGUUGGAGGUGAAUGGAACGCCCGUAAACGGCAAGUCCAUUGAAAAUAUUGACGAGCUAAUCAAAAGUAGUAACGAAGUCUUACAGUUGACCAUCGAACAUGAUCCGCAUCGUUUGACAAAGUCUGUGUCCGAAGCAACAAUAGUAACCACACAGCCAAGUGUUACCGACAGUCCACUGUCGCCCGCAACAACCAUUCCAAAGUGUUACAAUGUAUGUUGUAGCCGAUCGCCGUCAGUGAGGGAGCCACCAACAACGGCCAAACCCGAACGACUUUACAUGAAACAAACUUCACAAAACGAUGCCAUGACAAGUGAUGGCCUACAAUCACCUUCGAAUUCGUAUGUUUGCGGUACAAAAACCCAACAGCUAUGCAAAACAAAAGCAUUCAAUUUGAACUGUGGCAUCGGCACGAAUAAUCUGAAGAAUCAAAAGGAACGAUGCUCGAGCAUGUCGAAAUUACUCGACGAAAAUCAUCCACCCACCGUUGAAUUCUACGAUCUUUCACGCACCAAAUCGUUUCGAGUUGAUACACAAGAGUCCACACAACGCAUUUUUCGGGCCAGUGACCUUGUGAUUGGCGAACUACUGGGCAAAGGAUUUUUCGGUCAGGUAUUUAAGGUAACACAUAAACUCACGAAAGAAAUAAUGGUGCUAAAGGAAUUGUAUCGCGUCGAUGAAGAAGCCCAACGCAAUUUUCUCAAAGAGGUUGCCGUACUUCGAUCACUCUCACAUAGUAAUGUAUUGAGAUUUAUCGGGGUGCUGUAUCGCGAUAAAAAAUUACAUUUAGUUACGGAAUAUGUACCGGGCGGAUCGUUGAAAGAUCUUAUCCAUAAUAAUGAUUCGGUGCUACCAUGGGAAUGUCGAAUUCGGUUUGCCAAAGACAUCGCAUGCGGAAUGAACUAUUUACACUCGAAAAAUAUCAUUCAUCGCGAUUUGAACUCGUUGAAUUGUCUGGUUCGGGAGGAUAAAACGGUUAUUGUUGCCGAUUUUGGUUUGGCACGCAUUAUCAAGUCAGGUAAUUGCAAAAGCAGCAAUCGAUUGACCGUUGAUGGCAACGGCACUGUUAAUCGGAAGUACAGACAGAGGAGACAACGAUAUACAGUUGUGGGAAAUCCAUACUGGAUGGCUCCGGAAAUGAUGAAAAUGAUGAAAUACGACGAAAAAGUGGAUAUUUUCUCAUUUGGCAUCGUUGUGUGUGAGAUCAUCGGUAGAGUUCUUGCCGAUCCCGAUUAUUUACCGCGAACCUCUGAUUUUGGUCUGAACCAAAAAGUGUUCCGUGAAAAGUUCUGCAUUGAUUGUCCGGAUUUAUUUUAUAAAAUUGCGUUUUUGUGUUGCGACUUGAAUCCUGAUGCGAGGCCCUCAUUUGAAGUUCUGGACGUUUGGCUUGAAAAUCUGGCGAAGCAUUUAUCGCAAGGUCGGAGUAUUUCAUCAAAACUUCGUUGCGAUAUUGAAAAUUUCAAAGAGCCAUUAGAAAAAUUGGAUUCACCGCCAUCGGCAAAGAAAAUUGAUACAAGACUGUCAACGUCACGAUCACCAUCGCCGUCGAAUAAAAAGUCUGAUUUCAUUGUGAACAAUAAAAGUAGUAUUAUGAGUGAAUCGAUGCCAUCAUCAAUGGAUAUCGAGGACAGUGGUCCAAGUUCGAUAAUAAUGCCAAUAAUGUCCGAUGUAAGCACACCACCAAAUGGUAUUAGCUUCAGUCCCAAUAGCAAUAAUAGCAAGCACAUAAAUAGCAAUAGCAAUGACAAUAAUAAUCGUAGUCAUAGUAGUAGUUUUAGUCCAAAUGAAAAGAUCACAACAGACCAAGUGCCAUCCACAAAUGAAAACGUGCCCAUUGAGUAUUCGCCGUUAAUUCGUGAAAUACCAAAAUCGCCACAUUUGAGUAAAGAUUUUUCACCAAAUGGUGAACGAUUACGCAAUAGUCUACGGUUUCGUCGUCAAGAGCGAUUACAAAAGCAGCGAUCGCUUCGAUCGUUGGCCAAUUUGAUAAGUCAUCAAAGCGGAACAUCUUGGGAUAGUGGCAACGAAAAUUCAAUUUCAUCGUCAAACACUGACGACUUUGAUUCGGAUCGUGGAACAAAUUAUUUCAAUUUCCCAUCGAAACUACCGUUGACCGAUGCCAAUAAUAUCAAACCGAUUGGAAAGAAGUCGAAACCGUAUGGUGAAAAAGGAUUCAUUAUUCAUGUGAACGACGGUUCGCUAACGUUGAAUGACGUCAAAGAUUUGAACAAUUGUUAUUCGGAUGAUUUCGAUUCGAGUUGCGACACAAGUCUCAAUUACAUCGAUCCGGAUUCAUUGAAUGUAACCAUCGAAACGGAAAACAAUCCAAAAUCGACGGAAAUCACAUUUAUUUCACCAAAAACACAGAAAAAUUCCACAUUCGAAGUGGCACUUCCCGAGAAUGAUGAAUCUCUUGACGCGAUAAAAUAUUCUUUAGAUGAAGUUCGUGAAAAUUUAAAUAAAUGCAAAUCAAAAUUGGACGCCUUAGAAAUUGUCGACGUAAAACUAUCGAAGAAAUCCACGAAAAUCAAGGCAAAACAAUCAAAAGUCUCACUUAAUGACAUGCUGUCACCGACGAAAAAGAUCGAUCAUUUUGAUAUGGUUGUUACAAAACCACCGAAUAUGUCCGUUUUUACACGAUUACAUCCGGUUUCAUCGCCCAUUUUAAACACAAGAUCGUCACAACAAAAACCACUCAUCGAACAACAAACGUCGAAAAAAUUCCAAACCAAACGAAAUGAUAUGCAAAAUGGUACGGCCAAUAAAACACCACAGAAAAAUUACUGCAGAAAUACGCUGGCUUUUAUUGAGAAAAUCAGCGACGGCCUUAAUGAUCGACACCAAAAAACAGUUGAGAAAAAGAGCAACAAUAAGAAAUUAAAUAAUAUAACCAGUGGACAAGAUGUACUCACCAGAAAACCCCCAGCACCAACAUCACCAAAGAAACUACCGACAACACAUCGAAACACCGACAAACAAAAACAAAAAUCCAAUUCACACUCAUCAUCACCCACACGAAAACGGCUGUAAAUCGACACUCUCUCUGUUGAUCUUUAAGCAACAAUGACAAAUUUAUUCCAUGUACCUAUUUAAGCAAUACCUCGUCACAACACACAUACACCCAAACACAAUCCGCACAGUAGUUACGCAUUCCAAUUUGUUUAAUCGCUAUUUUAUACGCAAUAUAUAGAGAAAUGUUCGCUUUUUUGUCGAUUUUCAUAUUUUAUGAGAACCCUUGAAUUCGGAAUUUUGGAUACAUUCCACACACCGAUGAAAGACAAUAUUUUUUAAAAAUG